UGAGAGCACUAUUGCUUUACCUUUUCUUUUUUUUUAAAAAAAAAAAAGCUCAACUUGGACGAACUGAAGCAGAGACUUCCAAAGGCCAGGGCCACGGAGGGUGUGCGUGUAUAUGUGUGUGUCUGUGCCUGUGGGAGGGAGAGAACGAGCGAGGGAGAGACAAAAACUCCAUCAGCCCGGACAAUGCCACCUCUUGUUUAAAGCUUCCAAACCAUUAUGCUUUCCCUCCAUUAUCACAGUACCGAGUAAUCUGUCUUUCCCCCACCCCAGCCCCCCUCCCUCCCCUUGGAAGAUAUGGAAGAGAAAGAUAAAGCGGCUGGCUCUGGGCUCUGACUGCGCGCAGCCCGCAUGCCUCUGCCGCCAGAGCCGGUGCGACUCCGCAGCUGCCGCUCGCAACCAGCCGCUUCCAGCGGGAUGGCAUGCAACUUCUGCUAACUGGAUCACAGGCUUAAGUGGUAACUGGGUAUCUUGUUAGCAGAACAGAAAUGAAUAAUUCAACGUACAUAAACUCUUCCACUGAAAAUGUGAUGGCUUUGGAAAGCCCCUAUAAAACUGUUGAGGUGGUCUUCAUCGUUCUGGUAGCAGGGUCUCUCAGUCUAGUCACCAUAAUUGGGAACAUCUUGGUCAUGGUGUCAAUCAAAGUCAACAGGCACCUACAGACUGUCAACAACUAUUUCCUGUUCAGCUUGGCCUGCGCUGACUUGAUCAUCGGCAUCUUUUCAAUGAACCUAUAUACCCUCUACACUGUGAUAGGCUACUGGCCCUUAGGGCCUGUGGUGUGUGACCUCUGGUUGGCUCUUGACUAUGUGGUCAGCAAUGCCUCUGUAAUGAACCUCCUCAUUAUCAGCUUUGACAGAUACUUUUGUGUCACCAAGCCUCUGACAUACCCCGUAAAGCGGACCACUAAGAUGGCAGGCAUGAUGAUCGCAGCUGCGUGGGUGUUGUCCUUCAUCCUCUGGGCCCCUGCAAUUCUCUUCUGGCAGUUCAUUGUGGGAGGAAGGACUGUCCCAGAUGGGGAUUGUUACAUCCAGUUUUUUUCCAAUGCUGCUGUCACUUUUGGCACUGCCAUUGCAGCCUUCUAUUUGCCUGUUAUCAUCAUGACUGUCCUUUACUGGCAAAUCUCUCGAGCCAGUAAGAGUCGCAUAAAGAAAGGGAAAAAGGAAGCUGCCCAAAACCAAGAUACAGUUUCCCCCAGUCUUGUCCAAGGUAAAAUAGUGAAACCAAACAAUAACAACAUCCCAACCAGUGGGGAUGGGUUGGAGCACAGCAAAAUUCAGAAUGGAAAAACCAGCGGAGAGACUGUGACGGAGAACUGUGUUCAAGGGGAGGAGAAGGAGAGCUCCAAUGACUCCACCUCUGUCAGCGUAGUCGCUUCCAACAUGAAAGAGGAUGAAGCUGCCAAAGAUGCCAACCAGGCUUCUGCCUCCCAAGGCCAUCUCAAAGUAGAGAACUCCAAGCUGACAUGCAUCAGGAUAGUCACCAAGUCCCAGAAAGGUGACUGCUGUGCCCCCACCAACACUACUGUGGAGAUUGUAGGCACGAACGGGGAGGAGAAGCAGAAUAGUGUAGCCCGAAAAAUCGUCAAGAUGACAAAACAGCCAGCCAAAAAGAAACCACCUCCUUCUAGAGAGAAAAAAGUGACAAGGACUAUUUUGGCUAUCCUUCUGGCUUUCAUCAUCACCUGGACCCCAUACAAUGUGAUGGUGCUCAUCAACAGCUUCUGCACAUCUUGCAUCCCUGGCACUGUAUGGACCAUAGGCUAUUGGCUCUGUUAUAUCAACAGCACCAUCAACCCUGCUUGUUACGCACUCUGCAAUGCUACUUUCAAGAAGACGUUUAAGCACCUUCUUAUGUGUCAUUAUAAGAAUAUCGGAGCUACAAGGUAAAAAUAAUAAUAAUAAAAAAUAACAAAAAGAGUGAAGAAGUUCCAAAUUAAAUUUAAAAAUACCUAAUGCCAUAGCACUUUAUGCUCUUCUAUGGAAUGUGCAAUCCAGGAUGUUAGUGGAAAUAUGGACAUGGGGCAUCAGCUCUUCCCCCCCAAGAACUAUACUUUAAAACAUUUUUUUAAUUAUUGAAAAUAAAUCUUGAGGACAUGGAGAUGUUUCAGGAAUUAUUUAAGUACGUGGACUGGAGGCACAGUUCCUUGAUUUCUGAGAGUAUUCUGCAGAAGGGCUUUAGAGUCUACAAUUUUUUGUCAUUCUGUGUAAAAUAAUUUUUUUUCUUUUUUGUUUUUUGGUUUUUUUCUGUGUCUGUUAAAUAUGUCUUCAUCUAUGGGGAAAAAAAAACAAACCUAAGGAAAUUUUAUCAAUAAUUCUGUGGAAGAGGUAUAGGAGUUUGGAUGAUCAUUACACAAUCCAAAUGAAUCAUGGCAGAAAGUUUCUAAAGCUCAUAGAUGUCUGAAGCUUUUUUGUUACUGUCACGUAUUAAUCUUAAUGUUAGGUGAAUCAUGAUGAACGUUAUUUUAUGUUGUUUAUGACUCUACUCUUUCCACAACUACAUCAGUUAUGAAAGUGUACUUAUGCUCAACAUGUAAUGAUUGCCUAACCUAUGUAUCAUUCAAAGUAUGCUGUUUGUCCCCUUCAAUGGUCUUUUGUUCUGUGAUUCCUUCAUGAAGUCAAGAUAAAAGUGAAAAAAGUUAGUCUUUUCCAGGUUGCUACAUCCCAAGACUAUUUCAGCAUCCAUGUAAACCAAAGCUUUUGGGACAAUUUUGUUCAUUUUGUUUGUCAUAUGUCGUCCACCCAUGGAUUUGCCUUUUACCUCCACCAGCCUUUUCUUCAUUUUUGUACCUUACUUGUCCAGGGUAUGAGGAGUGAAUAUCAAAAGAAGAUGUAAAUUCAAAGGUCUCAUGCAGUCAGCCACCAUGGUGGCCAAACAAAAGGCCUCAGCUCAACAAUAAAAACAAGAUUGUUACUAGGAACAUUGAGGUUACAUCCUUUUCUAGUUGGAUGUACAGAUGAAGAUGUAUGCUGAGGCUCCACAGUAUGAAUAGUUAGUAUUAGAUGACCAUGCUUUUGAGCAGUCAAAAAUUGUUUACACUCAUUUAUUGAGGAAAACAAUAUGAUGGACUGAUGUGCCUAUAUGGAUCAAGUUCUGCCUAAGCCAUCAGUGCAAAGCCAGGGUCUUUCCUUGGUGUAUCCUGGACAAGAUGUUUACUUUGUAGAAAAGAUAUUGGCUACAUUACUUUUUGCAGAAACUGGGAGCAAUAUUUUGACUGUAAGCCAAGGGAUAAUGCUAAUUAAAAGGCAGAGAGGAAAACAGUGCUUAUACAAAACUAGAUACUGAAAUAGUCAGGAUGGGGGCUGGCGGGAGUUAAGUUCAAAUAUCACCUGCUACUCCACACCAGCUCAAAUUCAUAUUUUUUCUGCCUGGAAAAGAGUUUACUAUUUCAAUAUUUUAUAUUUAAUGUAGCACAACUGAGCAAUUUGUGGACGGGACAAAGUGUAUCAGAUUACUGCAAACACCAAUUGUCUAUGAGUUAUGCGUAACCUAGUUGCCUCUUUCUUAGUAACUCUAACGUCCAGGCACUAGUGAAGGUACACCUAAAGAUUUUGUUACCCCAAAAAUGUAGCUUGCUGCGUAAACAGCGUCCCAAGAGAAUGCCUUCUGGAGUUAAAGCAACCUACCAAAUAGAACACCAAAUCACACUGUUAUUUUGUGCUACUACAUUGCAGUCUUCCAAAAUGGCGAGGCCCUGGAACAGGUUGCCCAAAGAAGUCAUAGAUGCCCCGUCCCUGGAGGUGUUCAGGACAAGGCUGGAUGAGGCUAUGAGCAACACGAUCUAUUGGAAAGUGUCCCUGCCCAUGGCAGGGAGGUUGGAACUAGAUGAACUUUAAGAUCCUUCAGAAACAAAACCAUUCUGAUUCUAUGAAAAUACACUUCAAAAUAGCAGCCUUCAAGAUUACAGGGAAAUUACUCUUUCAGACUUAAGUUUUACAUUUGACAACCUUAUUGGAACACAGUGUCAAAGCACUUUGGCAAUAUGACAAUUUUCAUGUUUUGAAAUACAAGUUCCUAGCAGAAAGUGAAAAUGAGGAGGAUUAAAUUGCAGCAAAUUGAGGCCAUGUUAAACUUAGGAUUAAUGUGUCUUAAUACACAUUCAUUGAUCUUAUACCCCUAGUGAUUUCAUCCGAAUAUAGCUAAGUGUCUCCGUGCAGCCAAGGAUUUAAUUUUGUAACCCUCACUUGCCUUGACUCAUAUUUACUAUCGCUAUUUUCAUCUCUCUGCUUGUAAAGAAUAAUUACUCAGUGAUAACUUGCAAAACUGAGUGCUGACUGUCUUUCAAAACUACACUCACUAGGCUUGUCUUGACAGCUCAAGGCAAAGACUUACAUGUUCAGUUCUAGACCAUUCAUGCUCUUACACCGUUAAAAAACACUAAGGGUAAAAUGAAAUCUGUUCAUUUUCUAAAUCUUAUUUUAGAAGAUUUCACGAAAGAAACACACCUGCUUCUUUCUUUCAGCAACUAUUGUGGUAUCAAUAGUACAAGUAUUAAAAUUCAGAAAUAAUGUCUUGUAUAUUCUCAUUUAAUCUUUUAAUUCUGGUUCUCCAGCAUAUGCGCAAAUCCUUUAUUCUUACCUUUGAAGCUGUUAUUUUUCAUAAAUUAUGAAAUCCUCGAACAGUUAAGGAUACUUCCACAGGUUAAGAAGUGCAAGAUAUAGAUUACAAUUAUACUUAUUUGUCAUGCAAUGUGAUGAUACUCAAAAUACCAUGCAGGAAAAAUAUAUUUUGGGACCAGAAUUCAUUAAAUAAACAAAAAAAACCCUCUCAGUUUUUACCCUAAAAGACAAGAUGCUUUGGUUUGUAUUAUAGCAUGUUUAAAAGGCUUGCAGGACACUCCAUUCCGUGUGUUUCCACCUUGUACCAGUUCAAUGGAAAAAAUAUAUCCAUGGGACACCCACAUUUGCAGCCAAUUAAACAAUUUAAAAAUAGAUCACAUAAUGCAUUUAUGCAUGUUCACAGAGGCAUGCAAACACACAAUUCAACAUUGUUUAUAUACACAGAAAACAAUCAUCUACUGUUCGAGAUAUUGCAUGGGAUUGUCUGUGUUGCAGUCAUUAGCAGAUGGUGGGAGGUACGGAGCCAACACUUACCCAUGACACUGUCCAUCCUCACCUGGACGCAGAGAGGAGACAAAGCCUUGCCCUGAGAUACUGGGAAACUCUUGGAUUUUCAACUGGUGGUGGCUCAGUAAGACAAAAUGUGAUCUAGUCAUUCAGAGCCACAAAAUAAUUUGUUCUUUUGAACACAUUUUGACCUCUCAUGUCUUUCUUGUGUCUCAAACCACAUUCACUAGGUUUUACUUCCUUUCUGAGUGAUAGUUCUGCAAGAUUUAGAUGUCAGUCUUGAAGAGCAGCAAUUCCUCUGUAUCUCUUCCAACUUCUCUGGCUGUCACCUGCCCCCCGCCGCCCCAAGACCCCAGGUGGCCCUGCUGCUGGUGCCGCCACAUCUUCACCCCAGGCUUCGCCAGAGGAUCCUAGUGGCUUAUCCACACCGCAUGCUGCCCUGGCCACUUUUGUUUCACACAGAAAUUGAGCAAAAUGUGCUGGUAACUCAUGAGGAAAGAAAAAACUAAUAAUAAAAACCUGCAGCUAGCAUGUCUUACCCUCUCCUUUUCUUCCUUUUAAUUAUUUCCAGAAACAGGCUAAAACUGGAAAGGCCCAACCAACCACUGACAGUAGCCCUGCUGCAGCAGGAUCUGUCAUGUCGACAUCCCAUAGCGAAUGACUUGUAUCGUCACAAGCUAGCCGUGCCUUAACUCCCCAGGGAAAGAACAACAGCCUGAAGAUACAUCAGUCCUGCUGGCACCUAUUCUGAGUAUUAAAGACAUCUGUGGUUCAAAAAAGAAAAAAAAAAAAAGAAAGAAAGAAAGAACAAGAAUUAAAGAGAGAAAAUAGUUGAAGUAAUGUUGAGAAAUCUGUUUUCCAGUGAGGACAAAAGCUAAGAAAAAUUUUCUGUCAGCCUUCUUUCUGUUUGGAUUUUUCAUCUGAUUUACUAGGAAACAUAAAGAUCUGUUCAGAGACAGCAAAGUGUUUGAACAUUUUCUGAUGAAAAAUAGUCCAAAGGCAACAAACAUACUUAUAUAGGUCAGAUUGCUUUUUCUUUCUUUUUUUCCUCACAAAUCCUGUGGGGCCAGGGGGACAGGAAAGCUCAAAUGGGCUCCAGGGAUAAGUUGUUCAGAAUCCACAAAGUAUGAAGGGGACAAAAGCAAGUGCUAAAUCUGUCAGCCCUCUGUUUUAUAUUUUCAUAUCAUAUUGAGGAGGCAUUUUUAGUCAGUGUGGCUGUGGUAAGAACAGCCCACACAUCAGUGAGGAAAGACCUGGAGUAUCUCAUCUGCUGCUGGCUGUCACUGCUGGGACAGGGACAGUACACGAUGGUCAUUUUUUAGUUCUUUUUAUCUCCUGGUGGGUUUGAACAUGUCCAUGUGUCUGCUUUAUAGUGAAGUUUGCUAGUAAACCCAUUGGUCCCUAUCCCAUUUUUUAUUUAUUUUGAUCACUGUUCCUCAUUCCUGGAUGUGACAGGUUUCCCAAUGCUGCCUGUGGAUAUGGCUCCUAGUUUCUCCUGUGGUGCUGAGGGGGCACACUUUGAAUUUGUCACUUCAACUGGCAGCACCUUUCCUCUCCACUUCUGUUACCCCAAACUCAUCCUGAUACUGGCCUUGCAGAACCAAAUUAAAAAAUCAUCCUCUCAGCCACCCUAUGCCACGAGGCUUGUGUGAUGCAGCUUGGAAUUUGGCAGGAAAAGCAUUGCUGAUACUACUUCCUCCCUUUACAAUAAUUUCUGAAAAUCUUUGUGUUUUGACAGGUCAGGAUGUUUCUUGCGAGGAGCCAAAGUCUUAGGAAAGAAACGGCAGGAAACCAAACCUGUCCUGUGGGUGGGGGGCGUUUGCUGACAGGUAGUAUGUUUGGGGUCUAGUAGCCUUUGAUAUUUUUAAAGAUCUCCAAGAUUGCUCUGUACUCUCGGCUGACAGCAGUACAAGUGGUAGAUAUUCAGCAGCUUAAAAGAAGUAAGCUUGUUUUUAACCCCUGUGUCUACAGAUGUUUUAUAUAACAUGUUUAGAGAAACUUGCUAGGGAUGUGACUUCUAUACAUCAUUGCUUUUGUUGUUUUUGUACAUAGUGAAAUGUCUGGACUUUUAAGAAUCUUUUCUUUUUUCAAUUUAUCGAAAAUCUUUUCCCUGAAGGAAGCUAGGAGAUGAUCCUUAAUCUGCUGUGAUUUCUUUUCUUUUUUUUUUUUUUGCCUGUCUUUGCUCUUUUGUCAGUCUUGACAAAAACCUUUCCUCCUUUCUCACUUUAACAUGUUGCCUGCAUUUCAGAUACAGGUGUGCAGGUUUUCUUGCAUUUCAGGCACUGUGAAUGCUGAUAUUCAAACUCUUCAACCCCAGCAAAAAUACUGCCUUGCCUAGCACGUAAAUUGCCCUCCACUGAGGCUAAAAUUGCUGUGUGGAGUGAGAAGCAUGGGGUUUAAAUUGAAAAUUAAAAAAAAAAAAAAAACAAAACCACAAACUUGUGUAAAACAAAACCAAAUCGAUUAUCUUUCCCAGUUUUGUCAUUUCCAUAUUAGAAAGAACAGUGGAUAACGGCAGAGUGAACAUUCUUGUAGUGGAAUCUCAUGCAGAAACAUGCACAGAUUAAUUUUUUGCCCUGUGCAAUUUAAGAUUCCUCACCUUCCCUUGAAUUCCUUCUCAUUCCUGUGCUUACUAGCAGGGUGUUCACUGGGAAACCAAGCUUAAGUAUGUAAUUAUAGCAAGACUAAGUUGGACUUGAACCAUUUACCACAACCAAUGCUAUUAUUUCUCCUACGUUUUUACUCCUCUACUUUUCCUAUGGCCUCUUGCUAUAUUGCUACAUUGCAGAACUGGUGGGUUACACUAGCAUAAUCAAUCCUCCAGGGCCUCUUAUUCCAGGAUACUGGGCAGAUUUGUUAUAAGCAUUUAAUCCCAGUAAUAACCAAAUAAAGGCAAAAAAAUCUGGUGUCUUCUCACCUUCCAAAGCUCUGCAUAAGUGCCAUUAGGUAACGACUCUUUUUCAUAUUUGUAUAUUGAGUUUCUUUUAUCUUGUUUGGUUUUGUUUUAUCAUACUUGCCAAGAAGCACACAGGAACUGUUUACUUUGAGAUGUCCCAAAGUGCUCUGGUUUUCUGGAAGAAGCGGCUGUGGGUGGUUCAUAAGGCAGUAUGAUCACAGUCCAUGCUACAGCUGCCUUUGGAAGGAAGGGAUUAUCUGAGUAUUUAACGUUUGGACUAUCUCACCUGAUGGCACUGAAGAAAGCGCGGUGGGAGAAGCUUUACAUGGCCUAAUUUGUAAAGAGACAGACAGGCUGUGGUUGGAUUGCUUUUCUGCUUCCCCAGAUCAUACAGGUUGUGGGGAGGGUGGGAGAUUUUUGUAGUCCAUCUCUACAUCUCUAGCCCAAAGAUAGCCCUUCUCUGAAGCACAUCAUGAUGGUGAUGGCAGUAAUAAUAAUAAAAACACUGGUAAGAGUGCCAUGGUUGCCAAAAACAGACCUUAUAUCUUAUCCCUUAAUUUCGAUGCCACUUUGUAGAAGUGGUUGGUAAGUUAGAGACUAGCGGUUUGUAAAUACCUUUAGAUAGUGUGUUUUAAUAUGACCAAUACCAUAUCUUGACCAUGUAAAAAAAUAAUCCAUUAUGUGUAAUACUAUCCAGAUAAAGUUACAAUGUAAAUAUAUCUACAGUGAAUGUCCAAAUACUCUUCAAGCUCUAUGUAUGAGGAAAAAUCUCAUCUCUUCUUGAGACAUUUUUUAACUUAAGGAUAUGGAAAUCCUGUUAUUCAUUUAUAAUAGAAAACAACUGCAUUCUUUUCUUCAAAAGAAAAUGCUACUGCAAAAAGGAAGAGAAUGCACUACACGUAUGUGAUAUCCAAAAUCAUAUGGUAAAACUGAGGAUCUAACAACUUGGGGAAUGGUCAAACUCUUGAUGUUGUACGUUUGAUCUCAUAUAAAUAAGAUAAGCACAAGUUUAUGGUUAGCUAUGUAAAGCUGGCCCACUUGAUUAUAUAUACAUUAUAGAUAUAUAUUUAUAUAUGCUCUAUAGAUAUAUACAUACUAUACACAACAUUCAUACAGUGAAAGCAAAGUCUGAUAAAGUCAUAUUAACUGGGAAUUUGGGUGUAAUGUUGCACUCUGUUUGGAAGAAAAACAUCUGGGUUAUUCAGCAACAUUCAAAUGAAUUAUGCAGGAUGAAGGAAGAAGGUGCUUCACCAAAAGAAUUUGUGAAGUACUGAGAUGAUGAAGGCUUGAAAUAUCUUGAAGACACAACUAAAAUUACAUGCAAUAUAUAUGUAUGUACUUCUACUGAGUUGUAUUCCUAGUUAAAGCAUUGCAUUAAACAGCUAAUUAUAACAAUAAUAAAAAUG